GAAGAGAUGGAUCUAAAUUAGCGAGGUUUCCUCUGUCAGAAUUUCGAGAAAAAGUUUGGGACUAUUAUAUGAAAAAUAUAAAGCGUGGUGGUGAGAAGAAACCACCAUCUGUUGCAAAUCUACUCAAAUCGUAUUCUAAAUGGCUUGCAGACUUUUCUUCUUCAAAUUGCGACGAAGAAAUUGAAAUACCAGGCCAAUACGAUGGAUUAAGCAUUCCAGAUCCUAGUCGACAUAUAAAGAUUGCUUAUUUUGAUCCCAAAGUUUUGGUCUUAAAGUCCUUAAGGAAACCUAAAAAAAUUGUUAUAAUUGGAACAGAUGGCAAAGAAUACCCCUUUUUAGUGAAAGGAGGAGAAGAUUUACGAUUAGAUCAAAGAGUUCAGCAAUUAUUCACAGUUAUGAAUGAGCUAAUGCGCAAGGAUUACUUUUGCUCUCAGCGUAAAAUUGAGUUGAUUACGUAUAAGGUCGUCCCAAUUACUGGCAGCUUAGGCAUAAUUGAAUGGAUAAAUGAUACUAAACCUUUACGAUCAUUCAUUGAGAAAGAACUUUCCGAUGCUUCAGACAUUGAAAAUACUCAAAAUGAACAUGUGAAUUGGGUGAAUAAAUAUAAUGGAUAUCCUAAUGUUAUGAAAAAAGCUCCAAGGGAUGAUAUUAUUAAACACUUGGCAACUUUGCAUAGCAUGAUAAAUAGAAACCUUUUAAAAACUGCAUUGUAUAAGCUUGCUGCGUCACCUGAAGUACAUUUAGCGAUUCGUAAUGAAUUUGUUAAAAAUCUAGCUGCAAUAAAUAUCUGUGGUUAUUUAAUUG